GAAACUUCAGGCAGUUCUCUUUUGCACAAUGGCUAUGCUUUUAUGCUUAUAUAUUUCUCUUUAAGUUUAUUUCUGCUUCUGUACUACUGUCUGAUGCUCCUGUCUUCCUGCUAGAAGCCCUCUAAAUGGUUGAAUGUAAAUACUGGAAUUUGUUCUAAAGAUUGUUGGAAAAUAGGGAUGAAACCAGUAUCUGCUUUGAUUAAUCUAUUGCUAUACUUGGUCUGAUUGGAUACUAAUUUCUUAGGGAGAACUAUUCAGAUGCAAAUUUGUCUCACCCUUAUCUAUGGAGAGCCUUGCCAUGAAUCCAUUUUUCUUGUUUAUUGCUCUGUUCUGUACCCAUAUUACUUCUUCAUGAAGAAAAAUACAAUGUGAAAAUAAUUCUCAGAAUGGUAAUACCUGUCUGAGUGCUGUUAUGAUGCAGGAUAUUGCUUAAAUCAUUAUUCCAACUAAAUGGAGAAACCUCAAGGAGAGCUGUGGCUAUGCAGAGAUGACGUGUAAUGUCCCGCAUCAUUCGGGCUGUGCCACCCCAGACACGGACUGUGGCCAGGAAUGGGCACAGGAACGCUGUCGCCUGGGCACGUUUGUUGGCUUUCCCCUCGGCUGCCCGGUGUCGGCCUUAGCACUGGCACGAGCUGGCUUUAUUUACACUGGAGAAGGUGACAAAGUGGAGUGCUUCAGUUGCCAUGCAACUAUUGAAGGAUGGGCAUCUGGGGAUUCUGCAGUUGAGAGGCACAAACAGCUUUCCCCAAACUGCAAAUUUAUUACCGACUCUGCUUUUCUGGAAGAUGAUGUGGAUCCUGUAGGCCAGAACUACCAGCACAGAACUGAAAAUGGUUCCAGCAAUUCAGCCCUCCUGUGUGCCCUGGAUGACCCUGACGUGGAGGCAGAUUACCUUUUGAGAACUAGGCAGGUUGUGGAUAUGUCAGAUACUUUAUAUCCUAGGAACCCUGCUAUGUGCAGUGAAGAAACAAGAUUAAAGUCUUUUCACAACUGGCCCCUCAAUGACCAAUUGACACCACAGGAAUUAGCUAAUGCUGGAUUUUAUUAUACAGGUGUUGGUGAUCAAGUGGCGUGUUUUUGUUGUGGUGGAAAACUGAAGAACUGGGAACCCACUGACAGAGCUUGGUCAGAACACAAGAGGCAUUUUCCCAAAUGCCUUUUUGUACUGGGCCGGGAUGUUGGAAAUGUUCCAAGUGAAUCUGUUCCUGAUGAAUUUGGGAUAAGUGGCCUGAACAAUGCACAGCACCCAAGGAAUCCAUCUAUGGCAAAGUAUGGAAGACGUUUACAAACGUUUUUGUCUUGGAUAUAUCCUGUUGACAAAGAGCAACUUGCAGAAGCUGGGUUCUACAGCGUAGGUAAUGGUGAUCAUGUUGUGUGUUUCCACUGUGGUGGAGGAUUGCGAGAAUGGAAGGAAAAUGAAGAUCCAUGGGAUCAACAUGCCAAAUGGUUUCCUGGGUGCAGGUUUUUGAGCAAGGAAAAGGGGAUAGAAUUUAUAAAUAAUGUUCACUUAAGAGACGCGUGUAGUGAUCCAACAACAGAAGCUGCUGAAGGGACAAUACUUCCUAAAGAUGAUCUCUUACAGAAUCCUUUGGUACAAAGUGCCAUAGCCAUGGGUUUCAGUUUGUCUGAGAUUAGGAACACCAUGGAAAAGAGAUUGCAGAUGACUGGAGAAAGUCACACCUCUGUUGAGGAUCUGGUAGCAGACUUAAGUGCUCAGAAAGAAAAUACAAGGGAAGAAGAACCAAAUGAAAUCCCAAUUGAGCAAGAUGAGCUUAUUCAAUUACAAAACCUCUACCUCAGCACUGAAGAGAAGUUAAGAUGCUUGCAAGAAGAAAAGCUCUGUAAAAUCUGUAUGGCUAAAGAUGUGUCAGUUGUCUUCAUUCCCUGUGGUCACUUAGUUGCCUGUAAGGAAUGUGCUCAAGUACUCAGUGAAUGCCCUCUGUGUCGUACAGAUAUUAUGAGAAAACAGGACAUUUUUAUGUAUUAGUGAAAUACACAGCACUAGGGAUGCAAAUGUUUCCUGCUUUAUUGCUUUAAAUAUGUGCAAUGUAAUGUUAAAAAUGCAGUUAAUUCCAGGAUGUAACCAUAUGGCAGUAUUUAGAUUUUUCUGCUGUCAAACUCUACGUGUUUUAACACUUCAAAAAUUAUUUAAAUUAUUUUUCUGAAGUGAAUUUUUUUGUACGUAAAAAGCAAUAUAAAAAGGUAAAUAUGUAUAUUUUGUAACUUCAGUUCAUAGACUGAAAGCCCAAAUGAUGCAAACCUUUGUGAUCAUUCCUUUGCUUCACUUUGGUAGGACUCUGUAUGACUGAAGUUUAUGCAAAUACAGUUGUAUAAAGAGCCUAUCCCUGUAUAAAAUUUGUAAGUAAGUUAAUUUAAAAUGGUGUUGUAUACAUGUGUAUUAUAGCUGAGAUUUUAACUUCUUAAAAAUGUUAUGUAAGAUUGAAAAUAUCAUUUCUCUAACGGUGGUUGUGACAUAAUUCAGAAUAUACACACAAACCUGAUGCUGAAUACUUCACCUUCUGUUUACUUCUUCUGCUUUGUAAGUUUGUCUGUUUUGAUAUGUGUCUCCUUGUCUAUUUUUUCGGGUUUAGAUGUAUGAAUUGGCUUCAGUAAACUGAAGUUUUAGCCAUCCAUUUUCCACAAAAAUCCCUCUGUAUAUAAAAUGUACAUUAAUGUCAUUGAUUUUUGAGAACUAAACAGAAAUUGAGAUUUUAUGCACCUUGUGCCCUUCAUGAGAGGAGUGGGCAAGUUAAGGACUAUUCUAAUGAGAGUCACCUUAAAAUACUCAAAUGUUUUCAUACUAGACUCCAUUUCCAAUUAAAAAAGUAUCACAGCUUUGUAUUUUAGUACAGCUGUUUUAUACUCUUCUUUAUUAUGUGACUUGUUUUGUGGAGUACUAUGUUCUGUGUAUAUACUUUUGAGUUCUACACACUAAAAGAUUUAGAAUAUAGAAUAUAGAGAAUAUAGUUUUUCACAUGGUAAAAGUUUUAAAUCAAAUACACAGAAAUUUAAUAUCUACCUUUUCUAUUUUUUUAAUCUAUGCUGUGUGAUGUAAUGAAUAUGUAAAAUGAAGUGCAACCUAGUUGUUCCUUGAGCAGUAUUUGAUUUUCACCUGGAAAAAAAAUAAUUUAUAACAGAAGGCUGCUUUCUGUUGUUUUUUGUUUUAUAACUAAACUGUUAUUAAUGUAACCACAGUGUUAUUAGGCAUAAUGAACAUAUUUUAAUUGGAGAGGAAAUAAAAUCUAUUGUUUGUAUAAAUUAAAGUUGUUUAGUUAUAAAAUUAAACU